GACUUGGUUUGAGAAAAUCGGUUCAGUCUUCACCGAUGAACCGAUGUGACUUUAAUUGUGGAAUAUGCCCGGAAUUCCGGACUUCCGGAAUCGUCGAUAGUGGACAAUAUAUUCAAAGAAUGUUUGAUUGGCAAUCAGUGAUCUAGAUCUGCGAUUAGAAGUAAUUUGGUGACCAUUUCAAUAGUUUUUAGCCUCUGAGGUAUUACGAUUGUACCGAUUUAUAUGGGAAAUUCCAGUGCAUCCUUACUAACACCCCUGUAACUCCGGAAGCAAGAGUCAGAACAGAAUGAAAUUCAGCAGCAGUCAAUGGUAUUACUGUAUCUUUCAUUUGAAAUCAAGUUUGUAAAAAUCGGUAGAGAAUUCGUUGGGGAAUGGGUGUGAUAUUAGCUUAGGAACUUGGCGGGUUCCCCGGGGGCGUCAUGAACUGUCAUAGGUGGCCAAUGUGGUCAAAGCUACUUUGAUUGAUCAUUAGUGAUCCAGACCCGCAAACUAGAGUAAUGUUACAUCAAUUUUAAUAUGUUUUACAUCAUUUGAACAUCAUGGUGGUACCAGUUUAUAUGGGAAUUUGCUGUGUGACCGCACUCUUCAACCCGUAACUCCGGAACCGGAAGUCGGAUCAACUAAAAAUUCAAUAGCAGCUUAUGGGAGCGUUAUACCUUUCAUAUGAAACUAAGUUUGCGAAAAUCGGUUCAGCCAUCUCUGAGAAAAUUAUGUGAGUUUAAAUGACACACACACACACAUACACACACAGACAUUUGCCGAUCUCGACGAACUGAAUCGAAUGGUGUAUGACACUCGGCCCUCCGGGCCUCCGUUAAAAAGUCGAUUUUUACAGUGAUUGCAUAGCCUUUCUUUAUAUGAGAAAGGCAAAAAGCAGAAAUAAGGAACUGGAUAGUUAACCGGAGAAUCCAGACUUCCAGGUAAUUGACCGUCCCCUAAACUAACCCAUGUGAUGCCUCGACCGUCCCCCCAAAGCCAAUUCGCCAUUUUGACAUCCCCCAUUAUGUUCGCAGGACCCCGUAGUUUAUACCUUGAAGCCGUGGUUUUAGUGUAUAACCCCUGUGAACCCAGAAAGCCCUACCGUGUCCGACCGUCGAAUACUCACGCGGGAAACCGGGCAUAGCCGACGAAUAGAACCCCUCGUCGAAGCUCGAGAUCGUCAAACACUCGAGGCCGCGUAGACGACCGGUAGCGAGCGACGUGCGGCAGCCGUAGAACACCGUGUGGAACCGCAGAAUCAACGGAGUGAAGCAGUGGAGUACGGUGGUGGAGUGGCAGCGACAACGACUGGAGUUGAAAAGGGGCCCCGAAGAAAACCGAAGAAUAAAGAAAUGCUAAGGUAGGAGAUAGCCAGUAAGAAAGUGGGAGAAAAAGAAUAAAAGUGUCGACGAAAAGCGAAAUAAAAGUUGUGUUUGCUUGAGGAUAAAGAUCAGGUGUUUUCUUGACCGCGAUUAGCCACGAGCGUAUGCCGACCCUGAGACGUUGAGAAAGGGAGUCUCAUAUUUGCUAGGCAGUAGCGAUACGCAAGUUACAAUUGUUUGUACUUGAGAGUAUUGACAAAGUACUGAUGGUUUAAGAAAAUAAAUGGAAUGACAUGAUGUAAAUCGGAUUGACAUAUUGAUGAAGACUCCAUCAAUAUGUCAUAGUAUUGAAUGUGGCAGCCAUUGUGAAUCGUACAGUAACUGAGAUCGGAAGCACGGUAAGUGAGUCGCGUUUGUUUUUAGUUUUUAAUUCGUUUGAGGUCGCAUAAAUUUGUGGUUCCGAUCGUGAUACGGUGCGCCGGAAACGUUAAGUGACACGAACGUCCAAGUUCUCCAAUCAAAAGAUUUUCAUCUCCAAAAAGUGGUGCAUCACAUAAUACGGCCGAAGCACGGGAAGCGUUUCGUUUCAAAUCUCAAGUACCUGGUCAAAUUUUGUGGCAAGGAAAAGUUCUGAAUCCAUUCGGAUCAAGUUCAACUUCAAUCGUCAAAAGAUUCAGUUAACGAGUCUGUGCGAAUUUAUUGCCGAAAACGGAGUAAAAAAAUACAUUAGAGCCAACACAGCCAAUCGCACAAUUCGGAACACUAACACCAUCUUGAAUACAACGGUGGAUUGCAUCAAUGAAAAGAAGACACUGGAAGACAAAAUCCGUCACAAAUUCGCAUCAUACUUACCACAACUUGACAAUGAUGUGUUUCGCGAAUUUCUCGCUAAAAUAGAGAAUAUUCAGGCAACAGUUAUCGCUGUUGGAAGUGGAAGAUUUUCAGCUGAUAUUAAAUUUCCUAUUUGUAGCGGAUUGAAGCAAAAUUUUUUGAAAGUUUCAAAGAACCCCGACGGUUGUUGGAUGACUGGAAAUUUUGUAAAGCACUUCGAUAACUUCCACUACAAACUCCCAAGGGAGUUGCGUUACCGAAAACGUUAGUCAAUCAAAAUGUCCAAUCGAGAUAUCAUUGAAGAUCGAAUACAUUGCAAUACUGAACCUCAGCAAGAAGAUUUGCAUGAAACCGACGAGUCAAUAAAUUCGUCGAUCGAUAAAUCGAUGAGGCUGUUUGCUUCCUGUUCAGAACAGUUUGAUUCCGCUGUACUACACGAUGAAGUAGAAGAAAAUAAUGAAGAGGAAUUAGAUGAACUUCUGGAGAUAGAUGAAGAUCAGAAAAUACACAAUGAAGGUAAUUAUACGAUCACGAUGGCACAUCUGCAGGAUUUAUUGAAACGUGUAGGAAAAGAUCAGCAUUUAUUAACGCUGACUGAUUUGUGUAGUAACGAAAAAAUGCGAUUCGAACCAACGCUUAAGAUCAUGAAUCCAGAGGUGAGACGCUUGUUGAACGAACACGUGCCAGGCAGCAAGGGCACUAUUCUUCUACUUAAAAUAAUGGACCAGAUUUACACCGCUUAUACCGCUCCUGACAUUCCGGCUUUGCAACGUGUUAUGUUAAUAUGGUCGCUCGAAACUUUGUACGCUGACUAAUGUACCAAUUCGGUGCCCUAUUAACGUGGAAGGUCGAGGAAUUCAUGUAACAGGAACUUUUUAUAAACUAAAUAGUGAACAGUUAUACUUUGCUAAUGAAAAUCAAUAUAUAGAUAUUCAAAAUGUACAAUACACAUAUCGCUCCACCCGAUUCCAUUGGAAAACUUGAUUCACAAACAAUAAAUUACCUGAAAAAUAUUUUAAACUUUAGAACCUUGGUGUAGAAAUUGGACCUCGUUUGCUUGCCGGGACCAGGCACCAUUCAAUUUUUCUCGCAUGAGUAAUUAGGCAAUGGUUCACGAAGUAUUCGAACUGGAUUUCUUGAAAUGGCAUGAUUAAUAAAAAGCAUAUAUUGAAAA